AAAGCAAGACACUUUGCUAAACUGAGGAAGAAAGUGUGACGACUGACGACGGAACUUUUACGGCGAAUGGAGGAAGACAAAGCGGUCUUGACCGGAGCUGUAGCGACCCGAGUCACGAUGGAACCUAGCGAAGACAUACUCAUAUGCGUCGAUGUUGAUGCGGAAUCGACGGUGGAGAUGAAGACCACUGGAACUAACGGUAAGCCACUGAACAGACUGGAGUGCGUCAAGCUAGCCAUUACUCGCUUUAUUCACGACAAGCUUGCCAGAAAUUCCGAUCACCGCUUUGCUUUCGCUACCCUCUCCAAAUCAGCUGCUUGGCUAAAAAAGGAAUUCACCAGUGAUGCUGAAUCUGCUGCUGCUUCUCUAAGGGAAAUCUCAGCUACUAAUUCCUCUGGUCCAGCGGAUCUCACACUUCUGUUCCAGGAAGCGGCUCAGGGAGCCAAAACUUCCAGAGCACAAAACCGAAUCUUGAGAGUGAUUCUCAUAUACUGCAGGUCAUCCGUGAGACCAACCCAUGAUUGGCCCAUAAAUCAGAAGCUUUUCACAUUGGAUGUUAUGUACCUGCACGACAAGUCAGCUCCUGAUAAUUGUACUCACGAUGUGUAUGACUCUCUUGUUGAUGCUUUAGAGCGUGUUUCGGAGUAUGAAGGCUACAUCUUUGAGAGCAGUCACGGGCUUGCGCAGUCUGUUUUCAGGCGUAUGUCAACGUUGUUAUCACAUCCUCCUCAAAGAUGUGCUCAAGUUGAUCUCCCCAAGCCCUCUGCAAAGAAGCCAGCUGUUUCCUGUGAUCAGUCAACCUCGGGUUCAAAGAAAGGAGCAAAGCAACCGUUAGAAAAAACUUCUAAUACAAACACAAAGAGAGUACACAGCCUAGGCAAAGAGAACGCAUCUGAUCUCAAAAACUAUGAUGAAAAUUUAGUUGGGUCGAGGGUUAAAAUCUGGUGGCCUUUGGAUCGCGCGUAUUAUGAAGCUGUGGUCAUUUCAUAUUAUUCUGCUAAAGCGAGACAUCGGGUUCGCUAUAUUGAUGGAGAUGAAGAAAUCUUGAAUAUGAGAAAAGAAAAGUGGUAUUUUGUGAAUGAAUCAAAAUUGCCAAAGCAGGAUAAAGAAGCUAAUCAAACGGGAUGUGUUGAAGAAGCUUCCACAAUGCCCCAGAAGAAGAAAGCUAAGACAAGCAAGGAACAGUCAGUUAAUAAGCAAUCAAAGAUGCUUUCACCAUUUCCACUUUAUGUUAAAAAGGAUGACGAGGUCAUACAUGGAGAGGUUCCCCAAAUAUCAAGGAGGCAGGCAGAACAAGUUCUCAGUAGCUGUGCUAGCCAGCUCAAAAAGUAUCUGACAGAAGCAGUGAAAUCGUCGAGCGUCCCCUUGGAUAAGCACAGUGAUGUAGUGGAUUCGAUAUGUGAAGGAGCAUUUGAUGCUUUAAAGCAGGAAGAAGUUGUUGCUAAUGAAAAAGAAGACCGUCAAGGCCCAAGGGAAGCGGCAGUAAAGGAACAACAGAAAGCAGCAGAAGUUUCUACCCCUGAGCUAACUUUUGUACCUGAGAGGAAACUGAACCUGGAGCAUUCAUUAAGUUUUUGUCCUCAUGAUUCAUCCGUCAAUCCAGCUAUUUCUUCUAUGAAUGAGAAUGGACGUAAGGAUUUGUCCCCACGACAUGAAACAGUGGCUGAAGGAGGAGUAAAGACUCAGGAAAGGAAAAUCCUUGAGAUGGUUCAACAACCAGUGGCUGAAGAAGAGGAUCUUGCAGAAACUGAGACUCAGACACACAAGCGAGCGCGAGUCGAAAGUUCCAGCCUUGGUAAAGCUGAUGGCGAGAUGGAGAAGAAAGCUGCAGAAGGAGAACCCUCUUGCCGUUCUCAAAAAUCCAGUGCUGAGCCCGGAGACUCGCAGCGCAAGAACCUCCCUGAACCUUGCUCUGUCACACAACAGCUGGCUAAGGUGAAACAGAGCAUUUUAGACACUGUAGCCAGUGUAAGACAGUUUCGCUGUGAGCUGGAGAGAAAGGAACAGAGCAUUGUAGAUACUUUGAGCAUUGUACGACUGUUCCGCUCUGAGAUUGAGGAAAAGGAAGACAUUCUAGAAGCUUCACUCCUGGAAAUUGACGUGUUAGGGGAGAAGAUAUCGGGAAUCAACAAAAUACUCAACUGAAGAUCAUGAAGUGAAUUGCAACCUCUCCUCUUUUUUUUUUCCUUUUUUUUUUUAUUUGGUAACCGGAACUAGUUGGACGAAGGAGUUAAGUAGUUGACAACCAGAGAGAGGUCUUUUUUUAUAUAGCAUGAUCUCUCUCGUUCAAGUCUAAAGACAGUUGAUUUUGGGAAUGUCAAGCCAAAAGCAAUAGCAUCGAAAGGCCGUUGCUUCUUAUAGGCACCACUUUUGAUGAUUUAACAAAGUUGGAAGUAGCCCAAUUGCUGA